GAUGUGGAGCACAACAAAAACAACACACAACAUAAACACAGUACAACUUUCAUUAAUCAUUAUCGUUUCAUCUUGUGUUCAUCACCAUGCUGAUGUCUUCACGAGGCUUCAUAGCUUAUCUCGUAUCUGCUUUCUCUUGUGCUGUUCUGUCUGCGCUUUUUCUCACCAACCAUUUUCAUCAUGGUCAAAAUUCACCUUUGCUAGCCUCCAGGUUGUCUGGAACUCUUCGAGUUUGGCCUGAUUUGCAGCCAAGUUGGAGACUUGUGUUGGCGACGGUUAUUGGGUUUGUUGGAUCAGCAUGUGGAACCGUUGGUGGGGUUGGAGGAGGAGGCAUUUUCGUUCCUAUGUUAAAUCUGCUUCUUGGCUUUGAUACUAAAUCUGCUGCUGCUCUUUCUAAAUGUAUGAUUAUGGGGGCAUCGGCAUCAUCGGUUUGGUUCAAUGUGAGAGUGCCUCAUCCAACGAAAGAGGUGCCCAUAUUAGACUAUGAUCUGGCGCUUCUGUUUCAGCCUAUGCUCAUGCUUGGAAUCACAGUUGGUGUUGCUCUCAGUGUUGUCUUCCCUUACUGGCUUAUUACUGUUCUUAUCAUCAUUCUAUUCAUAGGAACUUCUUCAAGGUCUUUCUUCAAAGGAAUCGGGAUGUGGAGGGAAGAGACUAUUUACAAGAGAGAAAAGACCAAGCAACGAGCGACUCUGAUUAAUUCCCACGAUGAAGAUAAGACAGGCACGUACACUUUCACAGUACUAUAUUUUCAUAUUAGAAUCGACACAAAAUGUGAGCCUUUGAUUCCUAGAGAAGAGAAGUCAACUGUGGAAAUUUUAUGUCUGAACCUUAGGUGGAAGAGGAUUCUGGUACUGGUUCUGGUGUGGGCUGGUUUCCUACUAGUUCAAAUCAUCAAGAAUGAUGUGGAGAGCUGCAGUAUAUGGUAUUGGGUGCUUUUUGGCUUGCAGUUUCCAAUUGCACUGUUGUUGUUUGGCUAUGAAGCAGUGAAGUUGUACAAGGAGCACAAAAGGAGGAUGAGCACAGGGAACUCUGAAUGCAUAUGUGGAGCUUCUAUAGAAUGGACUGCUGUGAACCUUGCAUUCUGUGCAUUGUGUGGCAUUGUAGGGGGAGUUGUUGGAGGCCUACUUGGUUCUGGAGGUGGAUUUAUUUUGGGCCCUCUUCUUCUAGAGAUUGGUGUCAUUCCUCAGGUUGCCAGUGCAACAGCAACAUUUGUGAUGAUGUUUUCCUCAUCUCUGUCUGUGGUUGAAUUCUACUUGCUCAAGAGGUUUCCCAUUCCUUAUGCAUUAUACCUCACCUCAGUUUCUAUUUUGGCUGGCUUCUGGGGCCAGUUUUUUGUGAGAAGAAUUGUUGCAUUUCUUGGAAGAGCAUCAAUCAUUGUAUUCAUCCUCUCUGGUGUCAUUUUUGCCAGUGCUCUCACAAUGGGUGUCGUUGGCAUUGAGAGCAGCAUUGAAAUGAUAAACAACCACGAGUUCAUGGGAUUCUUGGGAUUCUGUUCCAGCCAGUGAUAUAUCUUAUAUUAUCUUAGACUGCAUGAGAAAUAGAAAAAUCAAAUUUGGUGUGAAUGAAAAUGAAGUGUGAAGAACAAUGGCACUAACAAAUGUUGGUCAAUGCCUAGUUGACCACCAUGAACGUCAGUGUCAAUAAUAAAUAAGGCUUGUGAGAAUAAAUUUGUGGAUGAGUGUUAGCUCCUCGCUAACACGUAUAUCACAGUGGUUUCAGAUUUCUUAAAUUUGUGUAAAGAAAAAAGAAACAAUGGAAAUUAUAUCACUUUGUUUUAUA